CGCGACCCGCGUCUGCGCCGACGCGACCCGAUGCCAACCUUCAUCCACAACAACCACCUUCCGUGCGCCGCACCCAGCAGAUCCUUGAGCUCUCCACCACUUCGCGUGGUUUCUCCUUGUCAAGAUGGCCGAGGGCUCCUGUGGGAUCUGCCUGGACGACCUCAAGAACCCCGUUUCCACUCCGUGUGGUCACCUUCAUUGCGAAAAGUGCCUAAUAUCUCACGUCGAGGCUAAUUCCGACGCGAUAACUGCGUCCUGUCCGUCGUGUCGCACGGCCUUCCCCAUAGCGACACCCGACCUUCGUUUUGUUCCAGCAAAAUAUCACCGAUUCAUAAUCCCGAGUGUCCGACGCGUCUUCGUCGAUCCGCCCGCCGAGACGACCAAGCUGCUCAAGGCGAACGUAGCGCGUUUGGAGGAGCGCGUCAGAUGCCUGGAGCAGGACAAGUCGCUUCUCAUGGAGCGUUGUGAGGCGUCAAUGGCGGCGUCAUCCAAGCACGCCGAAGGAGAGCGAGACGCCAGAAUAGAGUCUGAGCGCCUCAGGAAGGAGAUGCAGGAGCUGCGGAAGAAGUACGAGGAGGUCAAGAGAAGAUACAAGUCACAGAAGGAGAGCCGCGACAGCGGCGCUCUUCAAUUGGCGACGAAACGCAAGAGCAACCAGGCAUCCCUGGAUGCUUCAAGCAGCUCCUCGUCAUCGCAGCUCUUCCGUUUUGGCGAGCACGACGACCCCGCCGACCGCCCACUCUCGCGGAUCAUCAAGCGUCCACGUCUACUCGCCUCUCCGUUCAAUCCCGACAAGAUGGCGUCAGUCGCACCACUUGCUCGUCCUGUCCUCUUCAAAAAGGGGCGCACGUCGGUCCUCCUAUCGCUUGAGCACGCCGGGCCGCGCAGGAUACUUGGCACGCCGGAGGAGCGGUCGACGAGUUCGGCGUUAAUUUCAAGCGUAGGCUCUUCAGGCCCUGGCAGCGCGGGGCCCCAGCGGUCCGGCCUCCCGACGGGCGACCUCUUCUCGCCCGAAUCGAACCGCACGCUGACUGGCAGCAGCAGCGUGGACUUCAGCCUCCGUAGCUCGGAUGACAUCCUGGUGGAGGACGAGGAUGAUUGAGCGAAAAUGCGUGCGUCGACUGGGUCGAGGCAGUCGUUCGUGAGUUCAUUCAGGGGAUUCAUGGGAGAAUAGACUGAGGACUGGUGUUUCCGGGCUCGGGAUCAGCAUGUUCGUGCGCCGCAUUACUU